UGCUCUCCCGUUUCCUUCCCCCGCCCCGGCCCAGCCACGAAUGAAGCCAGCGUCUGACCCGGCCCCCUGAUCCGCCGCACGGGCGGGCAGUUCCGCGCGGAUGGGGCGCUUCGGAUCCUGCCUGCUGUCCCUGGGCUUGCUGGGCACCUGCGUGUGGCCAGGCAGCUCCGGGGCUCAGGGAAAAUUCGCCUACAAGCUGCUCAAAGACUUGUUUGCCAACUACUCCAACGCGCUGCGACCGGUGGAGGACACGGACCUGGCGCUGAACGUCACCCUCCAGAUCACCCUCUCCCAGAUCAUCGACAUGGAUGAGCGGAACCAGAUCCUGACGGCCUACCUGUGGAUCCGGCAGGUGUGGGUGGACGCCUACCUGAGCUGGGACAAGGGUGAUUAUGAUGGGAUUGACACCAUCCGCAUACCCAGUAGUUACGUAUGGAGACCCGACAUUGUCCUGUAUAACAAUGCCGAUGACCAGUUCACGGGCUCCAUGGAGACCAACGUGGUGAUCCGCUACGACGGGCAGGUGAUGUGGGACUCCCCGGCCAUCACAAAGAGCUCCUGCAAGGUGGACGUCUCUUACUUUCCCUUCGACGGGCAGCAGUGCCGGCUGACCUUCGGCUCGUGGACCUACAACGGCAACCAGAUCGACCUCCUCAACGGGCUGGCCACGGGCGACCUGACGGACUUCGUGGAGAACGUGGAGUGGGAGGUGCUGGGCAUGCCGGCCAAGAGGAACGUCAUCAUCUACGGCUGCUGCUCGGAGCCCUACCCCGAUGUCACCUACACGCUGCUCCUCAAGAGACGCGCCUCCUUCUACAUCUUCAACCUGCUCCUGCCCUGCGUCAUGAUCUCCUUCCUAGCCCCGCUGGGCUUCUACCUCCCUGCCGACUCCGGGGAGAAGGUCUCCUUGGGGGUGACAGUCCUGCUGGCACUCACCGUCUUCCAGCUGCUGGUGGCAGAGAGCAUGCCGCCCUCCGAGAACGUGCCGCUGAUCGGGAAGUAUUACAUCGCCACCAUGACCAUGAUCACGGCCUCCACCGCGCUCACCAUCUUCAUCAUGAACGUCCACCACUGCGGCCCCGGAGCCAAGCCCGUGCCCAGGUGGGCCAAGAAGUUCAUCUUGCAGUACAUGGCCCGGCUCUUCUUUGUCUACGAGGUGGGGGAGAGCUGCACGAGUCCCAGGAGGCAGCUGGACCCCCUGCCCACGGGACAGGGGGUGAAUGGCAGGGCCGCCCAGGCGGAGCAGAAAGCCCAGUUCCAGGAGGAGGACUCAGACCUGACGUGCUGGGAGAAGUCUCCGCAGCCGGAGUCGCUGCCGCAGAGGCUCGGCAGCCCCUCUGAUCAGCCGGACUGGAAAGAGACCGGGACGUGUCCCAGCCUAGCGUACGGCCCUGCCCGGCGCAAGGCAGAGGAAGGGCGGCAGCACCCGCUCUGUGCGAGGAGCCCGUGCCUCUGCCACCACGCCAGCCUCCUGAGGAACGUCGAGUACAUCGCCAGCUCGUUCCGGGGCCAACGGGCGGCCCAGAAGCGGACCGGCGAGUGGAAGAAAGUGGCCAAGGUCAUGGAUCGCAUCUUCAUGUGGAUCUUCUUCAUUAUGGUCUUCUUCAUGAGCAUGCUCGUCAUGGGCAAAGCCAUGUGAGGGGCCCCCGGUAGGCAGCGCCCGAGCUGCGGGAGGGCGGGCAGGUGCACAUGGAGUCAGGGCAGCCCGGAUGGGCCCUCUCGUAGCAUCUUCUCCUUGUUCCGUAGAGAUCCGCUCUUGGGCCCCCCUCUCGCCCGUCUGCCCCCAUCAGGCUGCACCUGUUCCUCCUGCAGCUACGCUGCUGGCCUGGAGCGAUCACCGCCAUGGGGAGUGUGUGCGUGCAG